AAGAAAUCCACUUGGCAACAGCGCGAAUCGUCGAUUUCAUCGAUUCAUUCAUAAUUCUAAAUUUGGCCUGAUCUAUCCGCCAUUGCGCCCGCCAUUGCUACUUGGUUUGCAUAGUGGUUUACACGCUUUCGGCUGCGGUUUUUAAUUCUUUUGUGGGGUAUUUUUGUGUUUGAAUAGGUGAUCAUGGUGAGACAGUGCUGUGUAUGUAAGAUUUUGGACUAUAAGGAAGAAGAACAACAUCUUUCAUUUCAUGUAUUUCCUGUUGACCCAGUACAGAGGAAUAUAUGGUUAUCUCUCCUAGCAUUUGAAGCAAACCACAAAUUAUCUAAACAGGCUGAAGUACGUUCUAAUCAUUUUCAGCAAAGUGAUAUUGAAUGUAGCUCUUCUGGAAUCAGAAGAUUGAGGAAAGGCGCUGUCCCUUUGGCUAAACAUUCCUUGUUUAGUUUUCCAAAUGUGAGGUAUGUCUGUAUCUUAUUGUUGUUCCAACAUAUCGCAAUUUCAGUUGUUCUUAUUCAAUUAGUGAAAAGACUGACUCUACAGAUAUUAGGUAACUUACACAGCUGUGAGUUAUUUAUAGUAUAUUUAUAGUAAUAUAAUACUUGCUUUUUGUUUCAGGCUGAAAUUUGAUGACCUACCCAGCAUUUCUGGCUUGUCACAGGAAAAAAAGCAUCAGUUUCCAAUCUUGAUCAAAGUUUUGGAUCUUCUUCAUCACAAUUACCGCCUCAGAAACUGAGAACCAACCAGAGCCUGAUGCUGGGUUCAAGGAUGUUUCUCUUGCAACUGCAUGUAAAAAUAGGUGAGAAAUAUUGAGAAAAUAGAUGAUCUAAUAAGAUUUUAAUGACAUAAUGCUUC